AUGGGGGGCCCAAUACUGGUUGUCAAGAAGAAAGAUGAGACACUGAGAUUGUGCAUUGACUACGAAGCAUUGAAUAAAGUAACAAUAAAAAACAAAUACUCAUUGCCUCGCAUUGAUGAUCUUUUUGAUCAACUACAAGGUGCAUCAGUAUUUUCGAAGAUGGACUUGCGAUCAGGGUACCACCAGUUGAGGAUCAAGGAAGGCGACAUCCCCAAGACGGCUUUCAAGAGUCGAUAUGGUCAUUAUGAGUUUACUGUGAUGUCUUUUGGCUUGACGAACGCCCCAGCAGCAUUUAUGGACCUUAUGAAUAGGGUGUUUAAGGACUUCCAGGAUACGUUUGUCAUAGUAUUCAUUGAUGACAUAUUAGUAUACUCCAAGAGCAACGAGGAGCACGAAGCGCAUUUAUGUCAGGAUGAGGCAGAGAGGGAGGAAGGAUUUACCAUGUCUUCCGAGGAAGGAUUACUAUGGCAGGGGCGACUAUGUGUCCCCCCAGAUGGACAAAUCAAAGAAGACCUCCUGGCUGAAGCACAUGAAUCUCUGUAUUCAUGCACCCAAGAUCCUUCGAAUGUGAUUGAGUAUGCAAAUUUUCCUUUAAGGGAGGACUUAAGUUACAAGGAGGAGCCCAUCGGGAUUGUAGCCACAAAAAUACAGAAGCUUAGAAACAAGGAGAUAUCGCUUGUUAAGGUGUUAUGGAACAACCAUCCUGUUGAGGAAGCAACCUGGGAGUUAGAGAGCGAGAUGAGGGCCAAGUACCUCGUGUUGUUCUAG